CCCAGCAUAAGAGCUGCCGCUGGGGCUCAGCAGCCAGAGAUCUGAGCGCAGAGGCCUCAGACUCUCAGGAGGCGCUGUGCAGAGGCGCAGGGCAUUUCCAAGGAGGGACAGUAAAGCUGCGUCUCUCACAAGAGUGAAGGGACAUGAGACCCUUCCUGCUCCUACCCCUUCUCCUGUUGGGGGCAGUUUCUGCUCUUCAUCCGGAGAAUGAUGCCCUCUAUCCGGACAGCCGAGAGACCCAGGGAGACCUGAGUCAGGAUCUGGAAGGUUCUGGAGAGCAGAAGGGAGAGUUGGCCCUGACUAAGGAUGUGAUUCAGUCAGAGGGAGAGGCGGACAAGUCUUCCCGGUAUCCAAAUGCCUUCGAGGACGAGGAGGAUGAGGCGGACGAGGAGGACGAGGAGUCAGACCCAAGUGACCUAGAAGAGGACUUUCAGUGCCCGAGGGAAGAGGACACAGUGCAAAUGGUGGGCAGUCCUGGGUGCAGGACAUGCCACUAUACGGUGGUGCGGACUCCCAGGACGUUUAGAGGAGCUCAGAAUACCUGCCAGAGAUGCUACCAUGGCAACCUUGUGUCCAUCCACAGCAUUACAGUAAACAUUUACAUACAGCACUUGAUCCAUAUAAUCCACCGACACCACGUUUGGAUUGGAGGCCGCUUCAAGGGCCAGUGGCUGUGGAGGAAGUUACACUGGACCGAUGGAAGUUCCUGGAAUUUUGUAUACUGGGCCUCUGGGCAGCCUAAGCAUGGAAAAGGCAACUGUGUGACCCUAAGCACCAGAGGGGGCCACUGGCGACGAGCUCAUUGCAAACAGCGUCUGCCCUUCAUCUGCCAUUUCUUCUAAGCCAGUGGCACGGAGACCCUGCUUUGCUGCCUCCUCCGUUCACCUCCUCCUGGCUGCCCCUGGCCCAGCCUGGACACUGGACCCCUCUCCCCGCCUCUCCUGGUCAUAAAGCUAGACUUCCCACUGCA